AUGGCCGCAGCGGCAGCAUCCGGGCUGUUCCUGCAGGUGCGAUGCUUCAGUACAUCUGUGGCGAGGCUGUUUGCCAAGCUUGUGAGGCCACCUGUUCAGAUAUAUGGUAUCGAGGGUCGCUAUGCCACUGCUCUUUAUUCUGCUGCAUCUAAACAGAAUAAACUGGAGCAAGUAGAAAAGGAAUUGUUGAGAGUAGCACAAAUCUUGAAGGAACCCAAAAUGGCCACUUCUAUUAUGAGUCCCUAUGUGAAGUGUUCCGUUAAAGUGAAAAGCCUGAAUGACAUGACAGCAAAAGAGAAGCUUUCUCCCCUCACGUCCAACCUGAUCAAUUUGCUUGCUGAAAAUUGUCGCUUGAACAACACCCCUGGGGUCAUUUCUGCCUUUUCCACCAUGGGUGUCCACUGUGGAGAAGUGCCAUGUACAGUUACCACUGCAUCUCCUUUAGAUGAAGCCACUCUUACUGAAUUAAAAACAGUCCUGAAGAGCUUCCUGAGUAAAGGCGAAGUGUUGAAAUUGGAAGUUAAGAUUGAUCCAUCAAUCAUGGGUGGAAUGAUUGUCCGUAUUGGAGAGAAAUGUUGA